CACCAUCUUGCCAGUCUGCCAUCUGCAGAUACUUUUAGCUUGUGUAUUAAUGACGUCGACUUCCUCCUCUGCUACAGACUCAGACUCCCCUUAUACGCCCUCUUACACUCUUCCUCUCACCCUGGCUCAUUGUGUCACAGCGUGCACGCCUAGAAAUUGAUACGGCCUGCCUUCAGGCCCUGAUUCAAGGGAUAUCAACAAGAUGCUUAACCCCUUCAGCAUCUUCACUCAGGCCUUUCCUCCGCGGCCGCAGUUCACUGAGAAGGACAUUCCCGAUCUCUCCGGAAGGGUAUGCAUCGUAACGGGAGCAAACACUGGAGUUGGCAAGGAAGUCGCGCAGAUCCUCUACUCGAAAAAUGCCACCGUCUACGCCACCUCCCGCUCGGAAGACAAGGGCCGCGCCGCCAUCGCCGCCAUCAAGGAGGCCGUGCCCAGCUCGACCGGGAAACUGGACCUCCUGACUCUGGAUCUGGCUGACCUGACCACCAUCAAGCCUGCCGUUGAUGCCUUCCUGACCAGAGAGUCCCAGCUCCAUCUCCUCAUCAACAAUGCCGGCGUCAUGAUGCCGCCCCAGGGGAGCAAAUCCGCCCAGGGCUACGAGCUGCAGCUGGGGACGAACUGUGUCGGCCCGUUCCUCCUGACCAAGCUGCUCACCCCGACGUUGGUGCAGACGGCUAAGACGGCGCCCAAGGACAGUGUUCGCGUUGUGUGGGUGUCGAGCUCGGCUGCCGAGGUUCUCUCGCCAUACCCUGCCAUUGACAUUGACAACCUCGACUACUCUAAAAGAGAUAGGAUCAAGGAACUCAAAUACGGAAUCAGCAAGGCCGGCAACUAUUUCCACUCGACCGAGUUUGCCAAGCGGCACAAGGCCGACGGCGUCAUCAGCCUGGCUCUGAACCCCGGCAACCUCUCGUCGGAGCUGGAUCGCCACAUCACGGCCUUGAUCCCGACACUAUUCAGAAAGGCCACCACCUACCCCGCCAUCAACGGCGCGUAUACCGAGCUCUUUGCCGCGCUCUCUCCCGAUGUGACAAUUGAGAAGACGGGUGAUUGGGUUGUGCCAUGGGGCCGCUUCUACGCAAUCAGGGAGGACCUCGUACAGGGCUCCAAGUCGCGCGAAGAAGGGGGAACUGGGCUUGCCGAAGACUUUUGGAAGUGGACGGAGCAACAGGUGGAGAAAUACUUCUGAAGGACGAGAACCACUAUGAAGGCACAUAGACAGCGUCGUUAAGAUACCAAACUUAGAUCUUUCAGUUUUACAAUCGCCCAAGGGGGUAUUUUGUCAUCAACGGGGACGGGGUUUGCUUGAUUCAUUUCCAAUAGAUCUGAUUGAUUCCUCGGGGUCACAAGUGGCAAGUGGAACACAAUUUUGUACACUGAAGACUACAUUCAAAAAUAGCUCCAUAUUAGGCACAGUGACUAUUCUUAUGUGCAAAACAUAAAAAAACAACCAUAUGUACAUCAGAAGUGGUCUUCUCUCGGUUCGGAAACCCUAGACCCUGCAGCCGCUUGGAGAGCUCCAGGCGCUAACAUCCCUCAUUUCGUCAGUUGC